AUGAAACCCACAGCAGCUUUAUGCAGCAGAGUCAGGCGCCUGCCACUCACGACCAAGCAAGUCAGCAAUGGCUUCUACAAAGGCACAGGCACAGGGGCAACGGGUCGGCAUACGAAGCAUGGGGGCUACGUGAUCGAAUGGCGUAAAGUCCGGACCUACGUUGUGCCAGAGCAGUUGAAAGACUGCAAGCUCACACCAUUUGUUACGAGGAAGAUGAGACCUUCGAAAGGACGGUUCGAAGGAGAAUUCAAGGGCCCAUUGAGCGGGGAAGCGUAUCUGAAAAGAUGGAAAGAGGAAAAUGGAACCGAUUGA